AUGAACGACUCUACAAAUAAAAAAGUUAAACUCAACAGCAAUGAAGACAAAGAAAAAAUCUUCGACAUGCUACCACUUAGGAAAGAGAGCACAGAAUGCUUAGGCAAAAUAGAAAAACAACAACAAGUUCUUUCACAAGACAGUAAACUAGCAAUUAAUAGCUCAAGUGGAAAUGUAAGCUGGGCAAAUACAAGUGAAACUAAUGCAGACAAAGAGUGUAAUGUAGGCACUCUCCCUUCUGAUAAGGGCAAGGAUAAACUACAUGUUCCAGAAUCAACUGAUCAACCAGAGAACAUAACAGUCAAAAGCCUCACAGCCAAUGAAUAUUCGGUCAAGUCUUGCACGGAAGCCCUACAUGAGAGUUUUGCGCCAGCACCUACUCUUACUAAAAAAGAUGUCUUUUGGCAGCUGUUACACAGAGCCCUGCCUUUAGGUUACCGCCUCAAUCACAUUUCACAAAACUUAGAUUCCGACUGUUCAGGCUGCCCUCAUACAACCCAAACCUCAUAG